CUCCUCGGCCCGGGCGGGGGGCUCCGCGCGCCCAGCUCGGCCCGGCCAGGCGCUCCGUGAGGCGGGCGCCCCAGGCGGCGGCGGCGGCCGCGACGGUGGUGGCGGCGGCAGCGCGGGCCGGGAAACUUUGCCCCUUUGUGCGCUCCGCCCCGGAGGCGGCGGGCAGGCAGCACUGCCUUCUCCAUCAUCCUGACCCCAGAGGACAAUUACCAGGAGGAGAAACUCCUCACCCUGCCCAGCCCCCACCACACACUCACCUGCUCACCUCAUGCCUGGGUCCAGGGUGGGUGAGGGUGAAGAACCCACCCAGUCAAGAUGAUCCCUUCUCUGGGGACCGCUGCUGGUGUCCUGCCCCAGAUCCUGGGCCCCAGCAGUUGGGAGAGUGGCCCCCAGCUGAGCCCUAUCAGACUGCUGCAGAGGAGGUGAAGAGGGGUUGAGAAGAGGCGCCCAUCCUGGAGUCUGGAGCUGCUUGCCUUCACCCGCGUACACUCUUGACUGUUUUAGGAAAGAAGGACCUGGUGGUGGCCUUUGCAGGCAGGCAAGAAGCUGGACCGUGGCUUUAUUCUGGCACCUAUGCCCCUACCUCUGGCAGCGUCAUGAGCCAGUUUCAGGUGCCCCUGGCAGUCCAACCGGACCUGCCAGGUCUUUAUGACUUCCCUCAGGGCCAGGUGAUGGUAGGGGGUUUCCAGGGACCUGGGCUCCCCAUGGCCGGGAGUGAACCCCAACUCCGAGGGGGUGGAGAUGGGCGAAAGAAACGAAAACGGUGUGGUACUUGUGAGCCGUGCCGGCGGCUGGAAAACUGCGGGGCUUGCACCAGCUGCACCAACCGCCGCACGCACCAGAUCUGCAAACUGCGCAAGUGUGAGGUGCUGAAGAAAAAAGUGGGGCUUCUCAAGGAGGUGGAAAUAAAGGCUGGUGAAGGAGCCGGGCCGUGGGGACAAGGGGCUGCUGUCAAGACAGGCUCAGAGCUCAGCCCAGUUGAUGGACCUGUUCCAGGUCAGAUGGACUCAGGGCCAGUGUACCAUGGGGACUCACGGCAGCUAAGCGCCUCAGGGGUGCCGGUCAAUGGUGCUAGAGAACCCGCUGGACCCAGUCUGCUGGGGACUGGGGGUCCUUGGCGAGUAGACCAGAAGCCCGACUGGGACGCUGCCCCAGGCCCAGCUCACACUGCUCGCCUGGAAGAUGCCCACGAUCUGGUGGCCUUUUCGGCUGUGGCCGAAGCUGUGUCCUCUUACGGGGCCCUUAGCACCCGGCUUUAUGAAACCUUCAACCGUGAGAUGAGUCGCGAGGCUGGGAACAACAGCAGGGGACCCCGGUCAGGGCCCGAGGGCUGCUCUGCUGGCAGCGAAGACCUGGACACACUGCAGACGGCCCUGGCCCUCGCUCGGCAUGGCAUGAAACCGCCCAACUGCAACUGCGAUGGCCCAGAAUGCCCUGACUACCUCGAGUGGCUGGAGGGGAAGAUCAAGUCUGUGGUCGUGGAGGGAGGGGAAGAGCGGCCCAGGCUCCCAGGGACUCUACCUUCUGGUGAGGCUGGCCUCCCAGCACCCAGCACCAGGCCACUCCUCAGCUCUGAGGUUCCCCAAAUACCUCCCCCAGAGGGCCUGCCCCUGUCCCAGAGUGCCCUGAGCAUCGCCAAGGAAAAGAACAUCAGCCUGCAGACAGCCAUCGCCAUUGAGGCCCUCACACAGCUCUCCUCUGCCCUCCCUCAGCCUUCCCACUCCUCCUCCCAGGCUUCUUGCCCCCUCCCUGAGGCCUUGUCCCCUCCUGCCCCUUUCCGAUCUCCCCAGUCCUACCUCCGGGCCCCCUCGUGGCCUGUGGUCCCCGCUGAAGAGCACGCGUCCUUUGCUCCUGAUAGCCCUGCCUUCCCUCCAGCAACUCCUAGGACAGAGUUUCCUGAAGCCUGGGGCACUGAUACCCCACCAGCAACUCCACGGAGCUCUUGGCCCAUGCCCCGCCCAAGCCCUGACCCCAUGGCUGAACUGGAGCAGUUGUUGGGCAGCGCCAGUGAUUACAUCCAGUCAGUAUUCAAGCGGCCUGAGGCCCUGCCCACCAAGCCCAAGGUCAAGGUGGAGGUGCCCUCUUCCUCCCCAGCCCCUUCCCCAUCCCCCAUGCUCCAGAGGGAGGCUCCUGCCGCACCCGCAGAGCCCGACACCCACCAGAAGGCCCAGACCGCCCUGCAGCAGCACCUUCACCAUAAGCGCACUCUUUUCCUGGACCAGGCCCACGAUGGCUCCUUCCCCCCUCCCACGGAGCCUCCUGCUCCGGGCUGGUGGGCCCCACCAAGUUCACCUGCCCCACGGCCUCCAGAGAGACCACCCAAGGAGAAGAAGAAGAAGCCCCUGGCACCAGCUGGAGGUCUCGUGGGAACCGAGAAAGCCGCCCUUGGAAUCAAGCCCAGUGUCCGGAAGCCCAUUCAGAUCAAGAAGUCCAGGCCACGGGAAGCACAGCCUCUCUUCCCGCCUCUGCGGCAAAUUGUCCUGGAAGGGCUGAGGUCCCCAGCCUCUGAGGAUGCGCAGGCACAUCCACCUGCCCCUGUCCCAGCUUCACAGGGCUCUGCUGUCCCCUUGCCCCCAGAACCUUCUCUUGCGCUAUUUGCACCUAGUCCCUCCGGGGACAGCCUGCUGCCCCCUACUCAGGAAAUGAGGUCCCCUAGCCCCAUGGCGACCCUGCAGCCGGGCUCUGCCGGCCCUCUUCCCCCUGCCGAUGACAAGCUGGAAGAGCUCAUCCGGCAGUUUGAAGCUGAAUUCGGGGAUAGCUUUGGGCUUCCCGGCCCCCCAUCUGUGCCCAUUCAGGACCCCGAGAACCAGCCAACAUGUCUCCCAGCCCCCGAGAGUCCUUUUUCUACCCGUUCCCCCAAGCAAAUCAAGAUCGAGUCUUCAGGGGCUGUGACUGUGCUCUCAACCACCUGCUUCCAUUCAGAGGAGGGAGGCCAGGAGGCCACACCCACCAAGGCCGAGAACCCACUCACACCCACCCUCAGUGGCUUCCUGGAGUCCCCUCUUAAGUACCUGGACACACCCACCAAGAGUCUGCUGGACACACCUGCAAAGAGAGCCCAGGCUGAGUUCCCCACCUGCGAUUGUGUCGAACAAAUAGUGGAGAAAGAUGAAGGUCCAUAUUAUACUCACCUGGGAUCUGGCCCCACGGUAGCCUCUAUCCGGGAACUCAUGGAGGAGCGGUAUGGAGAGAAGGGGAAAGCCAUCCGGAUCGAGAAGGUCAUCUACACUGGGAAGGAGGGGAAGAGCUCACGCGGCUGCCCCAUUGCAAAGUGGGUGAUCCGCAGGCACACGCUGGAGGAGAAGCUACUGUGCCUGGUGCGGCACCGGGCAGGCCACCACUGCCAGAACGCGGUGAUCGUCAUCCUCAUCCUGGCCUGGGAGGGCAUCCCCCGCAGCCUCGGAGACACCCUCUACCAAGAGCUCACUGACACCCUCCGGAAGUACGGGAACCCAACCAGCCGGAGAUGUGGCCUCAACGAUGACCGGACCUGCGCUUGUCAAGGCAAAGACCCCAACACCUGCGGUGCCUCCUUCUCCUUUGGUUGUUCCUGGAGCAUGUACUUCAACGGCUGCAAAUACGCUCGGAGCAAGACGCCUCGCAAGUUCCGCCUCGUGGGGGACAACCCCAAGGAGGAAGAAGUGCUCCGGAAGAGUUUCCAGGACCUGGCUACUGAAGUUGCUCCCCUGUACAAGAGGCUAGCCCCCCAGGCCUAUCAGAACCAGGUGACCAAUGAGGAAAUAGCGAUUGACUGCCGCCUGGGGCUGAAGGAAGGGCGGCCCUUCUCGGGGGUCACAGCCUGCAUGGAUUUCUGCGCCCAUGCCCACAAGGACCAGCAUAACCUGUACAACGGCUGCACAGUGGUCUGCACCCUGACCAAGGAAGACAAUCGCUGCGUGGGCAAGAUUCCUGAGGACGAGCAGCUGCACGUGCUCCCCCUGUACAAGAUGUCCAACACAGACGAGUUUGGCAGUGAGGAGAACCAGAAUGCCAAGGUGGGCAGCGGGGCCAUCCAGGUGCUCACCGCCUUCCCCCGUGAGGUCCGGCGCCUGCCCGAGCCUGCCAAGUCCUGCCGCCAGCGGCAGCUGGAAGCCAGAAAGGCGGCAGCCGAGAAGAAGAAGGUUCAGAAAGAGAAGCUGAGUACUCCCGAGAAGAUCAAACAGGAGGCCCUGGAGCUGGCCGGCAUCUCCACUGACCCAGGCCUGGCUCUGAAGGGUGGACUUUCCCAGCAAGGCCUGAAGCCCUCCCUCAAAGUGGAGCCGCAGAACCACUUCAGCUCCUUCAAGUACAGCGGCAACGCAGUCGUGGAGAGCUACUCGGUGCUGGGCAACUGCCGGCCUUCCGACCCGUACAGCAUGAACAGCGUGUACUCCUACCACUCCUACUAUGCACAGCCCAGCCUGACCUCUGUCAACGGCUUCCACUCCAAGUAUGCUCUUCCGUCAUUCGGCUACUACGGCUUUCCAUCCAGCAACCCCGUCUUCCCCUCGCAGUUCCUGGGUCCUAGCACCUGGGGACACAGUGGCAGCAGCAGCAGUUUUGAAAAGAAGCCAGACCUCCACGCUCUGCACAGCAGCCUGAGCCCGGCCUACGGUGGUGCUGAGUUUGCCGAGCUGCCUGGCCAGGCUGUUCCCACGGACACCCACCACCCCACUCCUCACCACCAGCAGCCUGCUUAUCCAGGCCCCAAGGAGUAUCUGCUUCCCAAGGCUCCCCAGAUCCACCCAGCAUCCAGGGACCCCUCUCCCUUUGCACAGAGUUCCAACUGCUACAACAGAUCCAUCAAGCAAGAGCCAGUAGACCCACUGGUCCAGGCCGAAUCUAUACCCAGAGACCCUGGUAAGAUGAACAAAACACCUUUGCCCGAGGCUUCUCAGAACGGGGGACCCAACCACCUAUGGGGACAGUACUCAGGAGGCCCAAGCAUGUCCCCUAAGAGGACUAACAGUGUGGGUGGCAGCUGGGGUGUGUUCCAUCCUGGGGAGAGCCCUGCGAUCAUCCCCGACAAGCUCAGCUCUUUUGGGGCUGGCUGCCUGACCCCUUCCCACUUCCCAGAUGGCCAGUGGGGGUUGUUCCCUGGGGAGGGGCAGCAGCCAGCCCCCCAGCCUGGAGGACGGCUCCGAGGCAAACCGUGGAGCCCCUGCAAGUUUGGGAACAACACCUCGGCCUUGGCCGGGCCCGGCCUGACUGAGAAGCCUUGGGGGGUUGGGGCCGGGGAUUUCAGCUCUGCCCUGAAAGGUGGUCCUGGCUUCCAAGACAAGUUGUGGAGCCCCUUGAAGGGAGAGGAGGGAAGGAUUCCAACCCCGGGGGCGAGCCAGCUGGACAAAGCCUGGCAGUCCUUCGGCCUGCCCCUGGGCUCCACUGAGAAGCUGUUUGGGGCCCUGAAGUCGGAGGAGAAGCUGUGGGAUCCCUUCAGCCUGGAGGAGGGCGCUGCUGAGGACCCCCCUAACAAGGGGGCGGUGAAGGAGGAGAAGAACGGUGGGGCCGAGGAGGAGGAGGAGCUGUGGUCUGACAGCGAACACAACUUCCUGGACGAGAACAUCGGCGGCGUGGCCGUGGCCCCUGCUCACGGCUCAAUCCUCAUCGAGUGUGCCCGGCGGGAGCUGCAUGCCACCACGCCCCUCAAGAAACCCAACCGCUGCCACCCCACCCGCAUCUCGCUGGUCUUCUACCAGCAUAAGAACCUCAACCAGCCCAAUCAUGGGCUGGCCCUCUGGGAGGCCAAGAUGAAGCAGCUGGCGGAGAGGGCCCGGGCGCGGCAGGAGGAGGCCGCCCGGCUGGGCCUGGGCCAGCAGGAGGCCAAGCUCUACGGGAAGAAGCGCAAAUGGGGGGGCGCCAUGGUUGCUGAGCCUCAGCAUAAGGAGAAGAAGGGGACUGUCCCCACCCGGCAGGCACUGGCCGUGCCCACAGACUCAGCAGUCACCGUGUCCUCCUACGCCUACACGAAGGUCACUGGGCCCUACAGCCGCUGGAUCUAGGUGCCAGGGUGCCAGGGAGCCAGCGUACCUCAGCGUCGGGCCCCGCCCGAGCUGCCUCUGUGGUGCUUUUGCCCUCACACCUGGGGGCGGGUUGGGGGUGCAGAAGUCUUUUUAUCUAUAUAUACAUAUAUAGAUAUGCAUAUAUAUGUAUUUAUGGUCCAAACCUCAGAACUGACCCGCCCCUCCCUUUCCCCCACUUCCCCAGCACUUUGAAGAAGAAACUACGGCUGUCGGGUGAUUUUUUUCGUGAUCUUAAUAUUUAUAUCUCCACGUUGGUUUUUUUUUUCCCCCCCUUGUUUGGGGGGGGUGGCUUUUAUUUCCUCUUGUUUUUAAAACUUUAUCCUUGUAUAUCACAAUAAUGGAAAGAAAGUUUAUAGUGUCCUUUCACAAAGGAGUAGUUUUAAAUUCCAUUUAAAAUGUGUAUUUAUUGGAUUUUUUAAAAAGCGACAAUAGUAAUGGUAAAGGAUCGGCAGGAAAGGCCAAAAGCGCUCCUUCCUGCCCAGUCUUGCUGGGCCCAGUGAGCCUGGCCCUCUUGGGAGCUGACAAGGUUCUCUCAGCCAUCUGCCCCUCAUGAGCCAAGUGCAGAUUUGUAGCCACCCGGUCCAUCCCUCCUGACAGAUGCGCCUUCCCUUCAGGGGAGGGAUCCCUCAGGACAGCUUCUGUCCUCUCCAGUAGGAUGGGAGAAUCUGUAGAAAAACAGCUGGAGUCCCUUUUCCAGUCACCGGCUUGGCAUCGGGGACGGGGCGGGGGGCAGGUGCACCCCAGGCCAGGCACCUGAGAUGCUGGUGUAGAUUUCCCCAGAAACUAGGUUGGUAGUAGACAGCUUCAAGCUUGCUAGUCUCCACACUGAAUCCUCUCUGUCCGUUAUUUAUCAAGUCACAUGAUGUCAUGGUUCCCUAGGCAGCACCUCCUGAUGGAGCUGGAGUUGAGAGGCUCUUAGGAGCCGUUUCCACCAGGGUUGACAAGCCAAUGAAUACUGGGCUGAAGGAAUUUGUCUUAGUGGCAGUCUUUCCUAAAAUGCCCGAGAGUCUAUGCUGAUCCUGAAAAAGGGCUACUGUAUCUCUAAAAACAAGAAGUUGAACCCAAGCUGUGAAAAGCCAGCAUUGUGCCGUCCCUCCGUGCACAGUGCUGUGCAGAGCCUGGUGCUGUAGUAUUGUGCUGGGACUUGCUUGACUCUUGGGCAGGUCACAUCCUGCGGGAGCUCAGCACACCAGUGUAACGGCAGUUAACGCAUCUCUCUCUAUUCCUGGAUUUCCAUGUUGGACAAUGGUGCAGGCCUCACGCCCAAGCCGGCCCCCGCCAUGCUACCAUUGGUGGGGGUGGGCUUACACUUAUCAAUUUUAAAAUGCAGGAGUCAAACAUUUUCAGCAGGUAGCUAUGAUUGUCCUCCCUAAUUGGUGCCAUUUCUCUAUUUGAUCAUUUUCUCCUUUCCUUCCUUCCCUCUCCACCCACUUGAACUCGCCCGUUCUAAAAUUCUGGUGCAUUUGUUCAGUUCUUUGAAAUGAGAAUGUGGUGCUUAAUUUUUGCAACUUCUUUGAGAGAGGCUGGGCCUAACUGGUGGAAGCAACAUUUGUCGACAGCAAGUCAGACUUCCUGGAGUGUUUGUUUUUCCUGUGGUAUUAGCAAAGUUCCUAUGAAGCUACCCAUGUAGAUGUGUGUGGUGAACGGGAGGUUUCAUCAGGACACACAGAGGGGAUCAUGGCCACACAGUGAAAUGACAACCAAGCCCUGAGAUAAAUGUCAGAUAUUUAUUGAGCAGUUUUUUUUUUUUUCAGAUGUGGGUCUUUGUAAAACGAGUUUAACAAUCAGAUGACGAUGCUAAAGGCAAGUCCCUGAGCUUCCAGGUGCCUUGUGUAAGAGCUGAGAACCGACCCGCUGGCUGUUCGCUGUAACUGUUCAGAAGCACUGGCGGAGAGUCGCUGUAAGAUGUCCUGAGCAUUUAUGUGGUCUGGUUUUAAUUGUAAAUAGUGAAAGAUUUUUUUAAGCACUUUUGCCUAGAUUUAAACAGCAA